AUGUACAUUUACUUUGUAUUAUUAUAUUUAUUGUUAUUCAAAAAUGCUUUAUCAGAAGACGGUACGAACGUCGCUUCUCCUAGAAGCUUUGAGUUUGUUGCCGAAAUAAACGUCGGCGAUCGUGAUCACAUUGUUGAGUUAGUACCAACAAAGAUUUGCCGUGAAAAUGGUGAUGAUUACAUCUGUCGUCAGGUGCGCUUGGAUGGUGACUGCAGAGACUUGAUACCUAAAGACAGUAAAAGAGCAUUUAAAAUUGUUACUCCAUUAGUCUAUGAUGGCGAUGCAAGAGGCUAUUGCACGCUCCAUGUAAACAGUUGGCCUGUUAAUGACAGUAACAAUAUCGAUAAGAAAGAGAUAGUGAUACAAUUCGAUACAUUUAAAGUUGAUAAUCUAGACGAAACACAAAACUUUGCAGAAACUCCAAAUGAAAAUGACUGUGAUAAUACUAAUGCAGUGGUCUGUAAGGUCAGUUGCAAUGAAACGCAAUCCACAAGCCAUGUUAGAAGUAAAAGAUGCGUUUAUUUCAAUGAACAAGAAGACGAAGAAGACAACGAUGUGUUUUACGAAACCAAAUCUAAUGAUGAUAACAUUUCUAAAGAUGAUUUAGAUUUUAUUAAAUCGUUAGACCCAAAAGCGAGGACAACUAAAGAUAUAUUGAUUAUAAAUAAGAACACAGAUGUUAAUGACUCGAAACAAUUAUGUCCGCAUUGUAACAAACUGCACGUGGUCAUAGACGAACAGAAAACAAUUAAUUUUAAUAAGCAAUGCUCUGCAUUGGACAAAUUGAAGUCGUAUUUUCAAACGCAUAAGUACACUUUUCUUGCUUUCGGCUUAAUCAUAUCGGUGCAAUGUCUAUUCGUAUUAGCAAUGAUUUAUUGCUUGAUAAGGUUUUGCGAUUGCGCCAAAGAAAGGAAAGUUGUUCGGCAUUAUUUUAAUUAUAGGCAAGACGCUUCGGUCACAACACCGCUGAUUUGCACCAGUAAUAACGGUACAGAGACUACGGAUUGUAACUUGACGGAGAAAUCUAUACCGGAGCGGAACGGGAAAUGUUACGAAGCCUGCGGUAAUGAAUCGAAAUUUAGCAUAACCGAUGACGUCCUAUCGAAAUGCAUAAACAGACGGAACUGGGAGAGGUCCGCCACCAAGGACGAAGAUAAACCGAAAACCGAUUUAUCUCGAAUGCAAAUUGAACAAAUCGAUACGAGAGUUACAUUCGAGACUGAAACUAUUAAUUCUAAACCUAAAUCGGAAGACGAAAACGAAGCCAAAAUAAAGGUAGACAAUAUAGAAAAUCACCAUGUUCAAUGCGACUUGUCGGAGAGGGAGAUAAACUGUCACACGUACAUGUGUAAGGAGAAGCAGAACAAAAGCAGAUUCGGUUUCUUCAAAAGCGACAGAAGUAAAGCGGAGAACAGCGCCCAGGCCGCGUUCUCCAACGAUUCCCUGGACGAUUUCCUGUCGCAGCGCUUGAAAAGGGACAACGGAUCGAAUAUCACAUCCUUGGAAUCCCGCUCAUCUCUAUCCAGUAGAACUUCGAAGAACCUCAGAGGUGUAAAGUCGUUUUUCAGUAAAAAAUCGAAGACCUCCUCCGUGCCCGGAGUUCCAUCCAAGAAGAGUGUUAAUUUAGAAGUAUUACACAUGUCUAGGGUUUCUGGCUUCCUGUCCAGUUCGGAUCACUUCAAGCUCGCCAAAGAUUCGCGGACAUCGCUUUAAUUUAACGAUAUUCUAUUAAAGUCUAUUUUUUUAAAUAAUAUUUCUCUUGUAUCA